AUGCUGCGCCUCGCGGGCAAGCUGGUGGCCUUCUUCUGGAGGAGGGCGGAAGAACCCGAGGAGGAGGCCGGGCCGCCGGGUCCCGAGCUCGCAGAAGGUGACACAGAGUUGAAAACUGUCCAGGGUGUCGUGACAAGGUACUGCAGCGAUUAUGGCAUGAUUGAUGAUUUGAUCUACUUCUCCAAUGAGGCUUUGACAAGCAAAGUGCUUCUGCAUGUUGGACAGGAAGUUAUUGCGGUUGUGGAAGAAAAUAAGGUGUCGAAUGGACUGAAAGCAAUCCGGGUGGAAGCCAUCUCAGAUGAAUGGGAAGACAACAGCAAGAGCCACGGCAGAGGGCUCUCCGACUCCAGCCCCCGCGUGCUGAUCGGCUGCGUGACCUCGCUGAUGGACGGCGCUGGCUACAUCAACCAGACCACGUACUUCUCCCUGGAGAGUGUGUGUGAAGGUUUCAAGCCCUGCAAGGGGGACUGGGUGGAGGCCGAGUACCGGAUCCGGCCGGGCACGUGGAGCAGUGAGGCCGUCUCGGUGAAGCCGCUGAGGUACAAGCGCGUGGACCGGGUAUGCGUGUCCAGCCUCUGUGGGAGGAACGGGGUGAUCAACGACUACAUCUUUUUCACCCUGGACUCCCUGAAGCUCCCGGAAGGCUACGUGCCGCAGAGGCACGAUGUGGUCAGCGCGGUGGUGGUGGAGAGCAGCCAGUCGUGCUACAUGUGGAGGGCCCUGUGCGUGACCCCAGUGCAGAGGCGGGGCACCUCUGCGGUCGAGGAGACUGCUGACGAGGCCUGUGGAGCCCUUUUACUGAAAAACAAAGGUGACAUUGAAGUCACAAGGAUGACAAAUUUUGGAACGCUGAAAGAAGGAGAAAGCAAAAAUGUGGUGAUCUGGAUAGAGAAUAAAGGAGACAUUCCUCAAAACUUAGUCAGCUGCAAGUUGGGUGGCUGGGAUAAAGCUAAACAGUUCAGGUUUCAGAUGCUGGAUGAGAUCCAGACGUGCCCCGAAGUGUCUCCUGUUUCCGUUCCUGAGAAGGAGAAGAAUCUUGCGGAUGAAAAUAUUAACUCAUUAGACAGCUGCAGGAAAAACAAAACCUAUCAGACAUUGGAGAGCAGUCUGGUGAACAACAGAGAAGCCUGUCCAGAUGACUAUGCCUGUAAAGGAGAAAAGGAGAAGAAUGUGUCACAGAAGCCCGAACCCGGUGGGCUCAUCCCUCCAGGUGGAAAAACCCUGAUCGUGGUUACCUGUGAUGCAAAGAAUUCUGGCCGCUGCAAGGAGCUCCUUCUGCUUUGCUUCUCCAAUUUCAUAAUCGGGCGAUUCCUUGAAGUGAACGUCAUAAGUGAGGAGGAAUCACUGAUAGCUGUCCGAGAACCCUUUUCAUGGAAGAAGUCUAAAAGUUCUCAAGUGUUAGCUUCCCCCAAAACUACAGUUGUCGUGACCAUGCAGAAAAGGAACCUGAGACGACAGCUUCCAAGUUUUCUCCCGCAGUACCCGAUACCAGACAGGCUUAAAGAAUGCGUGCGGCAGAAAAUCGACAUCCUAACCUUUCAGCCGCUACUCGCAGAGCUUUUGAACAUGUCAAAUCACAAGGAGAAGUUUUCAACUUUGCUCUGGCUUGAGGAGAUUCAUGCAGAAAUAGAACUGAAAGAGUAUAAUAUGAGUGGGGUCACCUUGAAAAGAAACGGGGAUUUGCUGGUCCUGGAGGUCCCAGGGUUAGCUGAGAGUCGGCCUUCUCUUUACACAGGUGACAAACUGAUUUUAAAAACUCAAGAGUACAGCGGACACGUCAUCGAGUACAUCGGCUAUGUGACUGAGAUUCAUGAAGAAGAUGUAACCCUUAAACUUAAUCCAGAGUUUGAACAAGCAUAUAACUCUGAACCUAUGGAUGUGGAAUUCACGUACAACAGGACCACCAGCAGACGGUGUCACUUUGCACUUGAACAAGCUGUCUACUUGGGCGUAAAAGUGUUGUUUCCAGAAGAAAUCAUUUUACAGUCUCCCCAAGUGACAUGGAAUUGGAAACACGCACAAGACAUCAAAAACCACGGACAGCCCACCUCCAAGAAUAGGAAAGCCUUGAAGGACCAAACUAAGCACACCCCAGAGGAGCAGCGGGCGGGUGCCCAGGACACACCAGGGCCGUGGGCCUUCGCCACAGAGACCGACGGGCUGGUCAGCGGAGCCCCAAAAGCGAGAGAGAAGGAGUUUUUCAACCCCCUGCUCAACGAAAACCAGAAGUUGGCGGUGAGGAGGAUCCUGAGUGGAGACUGCCGCCCGAUCCCCUAUGUGCUCUUCGGGCCUCCUGGGACUGGGAAGACGGUGACCAUCAUAGAGGCUGUUCUACAGGUCUUCCACGCUCUGCCGGACAGUCGGAUCCUGGUGUGCGCGCCCUCCAACAGCGCGACCGACCUCGUGUGCCUGCGGCUGCACGAGAGCCAGGCACUGCGGCUGGGCGCCAUGGUCCGCGUGAACGCCACCUGCAGGUUCGAGGAGAGCAUCACAGAGACCAUCAGGCCGUAUUGCAGAGACGGGGAAGACAUCUGGAAGGCCUCUCGCUUCAGGGUGGUCGUCACCACGUGCAGCAGCGCAGGGCUCUUCUACCAGAUAGGGUUGAGAGUCGGACACUUCACGCACGUGUUUGUGGACGAAGCGGGCCAGGCAAGUGAGCCCGAGUGCCUCAUCCCCCUGGGGCUGGUCUCAGACGUCAGCGGCCAGGUUGUCCUGGCCGGAGACCCCAUGCAGCUCGGGCCGGUCAUCAAGUCCAGACUUGCCAUGGCCUAUGGGCUGCACGUCUCUAUGCUGGAGAGACUGAUGUCCCGACCAGCGUAUCUGCGAGACGAAGAUGCUUUUGGAGCCUGUGGUGCCUACAACCCCUUGUUGGUGACGAAGCUCGUGAAGAACUACAGGUCCCACUCAGCUCUGCUGGCCCUACCGUCCAGACUGUUCUACCACCGAGAGCUGGAAGUCUGCGCAGACCCCAGGGUGGUGACCUCCUUGCUGGGCUGGGAGAAGUUACUCAGGAAGGACUUCCCUCUCAUCUUCCACGGAGUGAGGGGCGACGAAGCUCGAGAGGGGCGAAGCCCGUCGUGGUUCAGCCCUGCCGAGGCCGUCCAGGUCAUGCGCUACUGCUGCCUGCUGGCCAGAAGCAUCUCCAGCCCGGUGUCCGCUGGCGACAUCGGCGUGAUCACGCCUUACCGGAAGCAGGUGGAGAAAAUCAGAAUUCUUUUGCGAAAUGUUGAUCUGAUGGAUGUAAAGGUUGGAUCCGUGGAGGAGUUUCAAGGGCAAGAGUAUCUGGCUAUCAUCAUCUCAACUGUGCGGUCAAAUGAAGACAUAUUUGAAGAUGAUAGAUAUUUUUUGGGAUUCUUGUCCAACUCAAAAAGAUUUAAUGUUGCCAUCACCAGACCCAAAGCCUUGCUGAUUGUGGUGGGAAAUCCUCAUGUUCUUGUCAGGGAUCCGUGUUUCGGGGCUUUGCUGGAGUACAGCAUCGCGAAUGGGGUUUACACAGGAUGCAACCUGCCACCCGAGCUGCAGCCCCUGCAGAAGUGA